CGGCCCCGUGUGUCCACACGCGCACACGUACACGAACGCGCACACGCACCGUUCUACACACGCGCCGAGAGAACUCUUCUCGUAUCAGCUGCGUUCGGCACGGAAAUACGGAAUCUACGGUAUCCUUAUGACCGUAUUCGGUAUUCCGUGCGCCGUUACCGUUACCGGCGGCACUUGUUUCUUAUCAAACUUUUUUUGCAAAAACAAAACCCAACGUGCCGGGCCUGAGUGUCUAGACAGUAGACAGUAAUGCGGUUGUAGUGUUGUACUGUUCUUCACUCUUCUAUAUUACAAGCGCCUUCUAUAUAGUAGUGACUCAAGUAGAGAGAUUAUUCUUUCGACUCUGGUGCGGCGACAACGACAAAUAAAAAAACGCCCAACACGCAUCGUUGACGAUCAUUCUGUUCGCGUUUUGACUUUGUUAAUUUUUCCUCUUAUUAUUAUAUAUUUUUAUUUUUUACGUGCACUUCGUUUUGUUACUGUUACUGUCGUUUCCUGUAUCGAAGCUUCUUAUUAAUUUUUCAUUUGAAUAGUUAGGGUGAACAGUGGCCACCAGUAAACUCUUAUUUUAUUUGCUUGUUAUUAUUUAUUAACAGAUGUCUAUUGUUAACUGGAAACGUUGUAGGCUUAACUAUACAAGUGUCUUUGAUAUGUGUUUUAGUUAGGGAGCUACUUUUUUCCACUUACAUAUUUCAUAAGUGGGUAUGUUCAUCCACAUUGUGUUAUUUGAUUUAUUUUUGAAUUGUUUGGAUAUUAUCUCUUAGUCUUGAGAUUUGUUAUUACAAUGAACUCCACAGAUGAUGAAUAUUGGAAUGAAAAAAGUUUUGAAGGAUUUAGCUUUGAAGAUGAGGAAAAGGAAUUAAAUUUAGUCCAGAAAAUACGACCCGAAAGUGAAGGUUUACAAAUUGGAUCAACAAAAGCUAAAUUAGAAAAUGUUGAAUCAUUGGAUACACUACUCUCAAAAGAAAUUUUAGAUAAAAUAUUUAUAAAGCAAGAUUCAAAGUCAAAUAAAAUAAAUUCAACUCAAAAAAAACUGAAUUGCAUUAAAUCUACAAUAGAAAGUAUUGUGAGGUCUCAAACAUAUACCUUAGAACCAUAUCACAGCUUAGUAGAAAAAACAAUGUUGUUAAAAGAAGCUUUGGAUACGGAAGAUGGAAAUGCAAUUCUAACUGUUGUUAUAUUUUUAACUAACACUUUGAAGAAAGGUAUUUUCCAGCGUAUAUUACGCGAUAAUCCUAUUGCCGCUUCUCAUUAUGUUCAAUAUCUGUAUUCCAAACAAUAUAUUGAUGAAUUAGUUGACACUUUAGAAAUGUUGGGACGAACAAAAGAUGCAAUGAUGAUGCUAUUCAAAUUUGGAUGUCGAAAUCCACACAACUGUUUGCAGAGAUUCAAUGUAUGUGCUAAUCUAUCAGACGAACAAUAUGAUAAGCAAAUUAUAUCACAACUUAUUCAUUUAGUUGGAAAGAGUGGACAGUUUGUGUCAGUUGUUUCGUUAGUAACUGACAAAUGUAAGGAGCAACAAAAUGUUCAAUCUUGUCGUGUGUUGGCUAACGAAUUUAAUCUGAGUGCUAAACAGUUGGAAGCUACAUUAUUGAUGACAUUUUGUCAACUACAAAAUUGGAUUCUUGUGGAUGACAUGUUGUUAAACAAAAAUUGGCUUGGAAAGGAUAAAUUGGCUUUGUCAUUACCUAUUGGUGAAACUGUUAAACUAUUACACAAUAAUGGUGCUCCGUCAUCUUCAUUAACCCGUUACAUAAAAAUGAUAAAAGAUUCAGAUGAACGUUUAGAAUUGGCUAAGAAAUUCAAUUGUCACCAUAUAAUAAUUGAUGACUUUGCGUUAAAAAAAGACCGUAGGGGAUUAUUAGUAUACAAGACGACUUUACAAAAACAAUCUGAAAGCUAUUAUUAUGCUGAUGUAAUUUUAAAGAGUCCAAAUAUGAAGUGGAAAAAUUAAUAACAUUAGUCAAUACCAAAUUUAUCACACCUGAAAACCUUUGAACAAAUAUAAGACUGAGACAGAUUAUUCAUGAUUUAUAAAUUAUUCACUAUUCACUAUUAUAUGUCAUAACAUUUAAUUUAUUAUAUUUUUCAAUUAAUUUUUUUUUUAAAUUGAAACAUUCAUGAUAUUUUUAUUAUGAUUAAUAUUGUAUAUAUUUAGAAAUAAAAAUAAAUUGAAAUGUUACCAAGAUGCAAUGUACUUCAGAGAAUAUACUUACCAAAAAUCA